UUCGAGGAGGAGGUGGUGUCGCUUCCUUGUGCACGCCGGAGAGGUAAACAAAACACACGAGUCAUGCGGUGGGCGGUGGCGGCGGCGGCGGUGUUGGCGAUAGCUUCCUCAGCUUUGCCAGCCAACGCUCAAGGGACGCAGUUCCUGGACGCCUCCCCUUUCGUACUUGGCCCUCCCCCCAACCCCCAAGCUCGCAGAGGACAGAACAACCCCCCACGAGGCUUCGCAGUGGGCUUUACACAAUCGGGAGGGGCGCUUCGACCCCCGUCAAAUGUGGGUCAAAUUCCACUGAACCCACGACCCCACUUCGAUAACCCUAAGUUCGAAGGGGAGGAACGAGAAGAAGUGAGUUUGAAGUUCCCUGAGCAUGAAGAGGCCUUGAACGUUGGCGAGCUGACUUCGGUGUUCAACCCACAACCACACUUUGAACCCUUCGACUUCGAGGGGAAAGAAGAAACGAGUUCGAACCUUCCCAAAGACGAGGAGCAGACAGCGAAGUUCGAGGAUGAAAUCGGGGACACGCAACCCUUAGAUGACUUCCCCCUGACCUCCCCUGACAGCUCCGACACCCACACCCCCGCCCCAGCAUCCCCUAGAGAGGAGCAGCACCCCCCACCACCCCCAUCAAAGACCCCAGCAACUUUUAACCUUCCCCCAGUACCAGAAGUCACCCCACAGCAAGAAGAGGAACUACAGCUGAAGGCACCGAGUAGGGACAACACCAACCACGACCAAGACGACCAAAACGACCAUUACACCCAGACCCUCAACCCCCAGCACCACUUCGAAGCGACGCAGGAUGUACUGGACGUGGUUUCAGCGCCCCGCCCCCCUCGCUCCCCACAGCCUGCCCGCCCACGCCCCUACCCAGAGAUACCUUACCGCCGCACCGUACACCCCAACCAGCUGCCGACGUACUCAGGCGGCUCAGACGUCCAUGACCUCGAGGCCCAGGGGUCACGCGAGCAGCAGUACCGCGUGAACUACGAGUACGAGGACGAGCUACCAGGAGGGAGGUACCAGGGCGAGGAGAAAGAGGACGAGGAGGAGGAAGAGGAGCCGGACCGCCUGAGCCUCCUCCUGCUGGACUCCAAAUUCGCCUGCUAUGAACGCAAGAACGGCUACUACGCGGACGAGGAGCUGGAGUGCGAGGUGUUCCACUACUGCCAGGACAACGUGAAGCACUCGUGGCUGUGUCCCGAGGGCGCGUCCUUCCACCAGGUGCACCUUAUCUGCAUGCCCCGCUCAGCUGAAAACAUAUGCGCGCGAUCCUCCAAAUUCCACUUCGUCAACGACUUCUUGUACAAGGAACUCGAGGGCUCGGACGGCAGGAACAAGACGUACGCUGACAGAUACUACCCAGAGGGCUUUGCGAACGGUGUGUCGGGGGCAGGUGGAGGACUGGGCGCAGUUGACGUGGGUGUGGUGGGUGGUGGUGGUGGCAGUGGUGGUGGUGGCGGUGGUGGUGGUGACUAUGACGGGGGAUACAGCAGUGGUGGUGGUGGUGGUGGUGGUGGAGGAUUCGGAGGUGGUGGAGGGUACAGUGGUGGGGGUGGAUUUGGAAGAGGUGGAGGUGGUGGAGGGCAGGUUUCGCCACGCCCACGCAGGCCACCACCACCACAAUCACCACAACCACAACCUCUACCCUCGUACCUCGACGCCAUCGCACGCCAACAACAACAACAACAACAACAACAGCAAGACCAGUCCCCCUACCAACAACAACGACAAGAACAACACGUACCACCGCCACAACCUCGACCAGUCCAACAAUACGAAGAACCGCAAAUCUACAAGGAGGAGGAACACAAGGAAGAAGAAGAACCGUUUUACAGCGAACCUCAAAUAUCACACCCACCCCCGCCAUCACCCCAACAUUAUCAACCCCAGCAGUUAUCACCCCUCCCACCUCCCCCGCCGCAGAGAGGAGACUUCCGCCCCCCUCCCCAGCAGUUCGCCAGGCCGCCCCCUCCCCAGCAUCCACCCCGGAGGUUCAGGGGGAGGACAGACGGGGGGGUGGGGCCCGGGCAGUACCAAGGAGGAAGAGCAAGAAGUUUUGAAGAAGCCCGGACGCAAAGAAGAGAGUAUUAAGAGAGAGAGAGAGAGAGAGAGAGAGAGAGAGAGAGAGAGAGAGAGAGAGAGAGAGAGAGAGAGAGAGAGAGAGAGAGAGAGAGAGAGAGAGAGAGAGAGAGAGAGAGAGAGAGAGAGAAAGUCUGUCUGUCUGUUGUGUCUGUCUGUAAUGAAUCAAAGGUAAACUGGGACAGGUAAAGUACUGAGUGUGUUGGUUAACGAUGCAGGUAUACAUAGUGCACCUGCUUGUGAGUUAGAAGGAAAAAAAGAUCACCAAAAAUAAGAUGUGAAAAAGAGAAUGGUGACGUGAAGUCCAAAGAGAGAGAAAAAAAAAUACGAGUUUUACGCAAAAAAAAUUCCGAAAAAAGAUAAAUGGGAACCUUUCUUUGAUUUGAUGAUGAUUAUAAUGAAAACAAUAAUACUAAUGAUAUGAAAUAGAUCUCCUCAUCUCUGAUAUAAAUAAUUGUGAUAUUAAUAUGAAAUGUGUGAGUGUGUGUGUGUGUGUGUGUGUGUGUGUGUAAACUCUUCGUAGUCUUUCGCACAUCAGUAUUUCGUUAAUUUGUGAAUCACGUGACUCUGCGUCUGUCUGUCUGCUUUUUGUAACGUAAAUAAAAUUAUUGAUUUGUAGUAAAAACGAAAA